AUGAUUGAACGCUUAAAAGAUUAUCCUUAUUACUUUUCCGCCCAAAAACGUUUAAAUUGGCUACUAAACCAGCCUGAACGGGACGAUACCCAAGAAAAUGUUCUCAUUAAGGAACCAGUAGAAACUAUAACUCUUAAAAAAAGCACCAUAAUCAGUCUCAUUAUGGGCUUACAUCAACCCAGCAGAGUGGAAAAUGGUCUGUCAACGGGUCAAAAACAAUUAGCCGAUUUGAAUAAUCUUUUUGCCAAUAGCGAAGACAAAGAAAUAUUUAUUUUUGAUGAAGCCGAUAAUGCCUUAGAUGAGAAUAACAAAAAAGAUAAAAUUAAAAUAUUAUUAACAAUGACAGUUCCAAGUAAAAAAAAAAAUGUCAAACCAGAAAAGAUAUUAGGGGAUAUUGAAAAACAUUUAAAAAGUAUUGCGGAAAGAAAGAAAGAAAUCGAAAAUAAUUUCAAAAGCAAGUUAAGAGAGUUAGAAAAUCAAGUUAAGGAAAACGAAAAGUGGUUUAAAAAAGAAUGGGAAAAACUUGAAAAAUUAGAAAAUCAUGAACGAGAAGUAAUAAUGGAAGAAAUUCAAAACCUUAAUACCUAUAACAAAACCAUUGAAAAAGGUUUUAAGGAUGGAAAAAUUGACGUGGAAAUAAUGGAGGAGUUGCGCAAAGAGUUAGAAAACCAGACCGCACCGGAGUUGGAACCAAAGGAUUAUUCAGUUGUCAAAUGCGGUUUAAUUUUCAUGAGGGUUUCCCUUGCUAACUACCAAAAAAGUGAAACAAUGGAGGAAUUCGUGAAAAAAAUUAAGAGUGAUAAGACUUUUGCUGAAAAACAUAGCGAAUUAGGUUCGGUUUAUGGUAAACAAUGGCGAGAUUUUAACGGAGUAGACCAAAUGAAAGAAAGAUGGGAAAAAUUAGAUAGCGAUCACAAAUUAUUUGAAGGAAUGUCUGAGCCUCAAAACUUUUCCGAAAAAAGUGACCGUUAUUUUUUAUUUACAGGUCGGAGAGAGGGAGAAUUUUAUAAUCUUGCUGUUCCUGAAAAUCAUUCUGCUAUGACCUGA